AUGGGAGGCUUCAGCAUCCUCCUCCGCUCCUCAGCCCUCACCUGCGGCCGCCCGCUCUCAGCCCCGCCGGGCGCGGAUGCUCGGUGCCGCGGGCGGCGUCCGCUGUGCGCACUGCGGGGCCGUGGGCAUCCCCUGGCCGCGCUGCCCGGGCCCCCUAGCUGGCCGCUGAUGGGCAGCCUGCCCGACGUGCUGUGGAAGGGGGGGCUCAAGAGGCAGCACGAGACGCUGGCUGAGUAUCACAGGAGGUUUGGGAAGAUCUUCCGCAUGAAGCUGGGGGCUUUCGACUCGGUUCACAUCGGAGCCCCCUGCCUGCUGGAAUCUCUGUACCGCCGGGAGAGCGCCUGCCCGCAGCGCCUGGAGAUCAAACCCUGGAAAGCCUAUCGGGACUAUCGCGACGAGGGCUACGGGCUGCUGAUCCUGGAAGGAAAGGACUGGCAGAGGGUGAGGAGCGCCUUUCAGAAGAAACUGAUGAAACCCAAGGAGGUGGUGAAACUGGAUAACACGAUCAAUGAGGUGCUGGAUGACUUCAUGUAUAGAAUAGAUGAUAUUUGUAACCCCAGAGGACAAAUGGAAGAUGUAUAUUCAGAAUUCAACAAAUGGUCAUUUGAAAGUAUCUGCCUGGUGCUGUAUGGAAAGAGGUUUGGUCUCUUACAGCAGGAUGUAGAAGAAGAAAGCUUGAAUUUCAUCAAGGCUGUUAAAACGAUGAUGGCUACUUUCGGAAUGAUGAUGGUGACACCCGUGGAACUUCACAAGGGUCUGAACACAAAAGUCUGGCAAGCUCACACUAAAGCAUGGGAUGAUAUAUUUAAAACAGCCAAGCACUCCAUUGACACUCGGCUGGAAAAGCACUCUGCAAACCCUCAGGAGGAUUUCCUGUGUGAUAUCUACUCUGGAGGGCAGCUUUCCAAGAAGGAGCUGUAUGCCACCAUUGCAGAGCUCCAGAUUGCCGGAGUUGAAACGACAGCCAAUAGUUUGCUGUGGGCUUUGUACAACCUUUCACGCAAUCCACGCGUUCAGCAGAAACUUCUUCAGGAAAUACAAAGUGUUUUGGCUGCCAAUGAGAGCCCAACUGCUGAGAGCAUUAAGAAAAUGCCCUACCUAAAAGCAUGUCUGAAGGAAUCCAUGAGAUUAACACCAUCUGUGCCAUUUACCACUCGCACUAUCGACACAGAGAUGGUUCUAGGAGACUAUGUACUACCUGAAGGGACAGUGCUAAUGAUAAAUAGCCAUGCCUUGGGCUGCAAUGAAGAAUACUUCAAUGGCUGGGCUCAGUUUAAGCCAGAGCGCUGGCUGCAGAAGCACUCAAUAAAUCCCUUUUCCCAUGUCCCAUUUGGCAUCGGGAAGCGGAUGUGCGUCGGCCGUCGCUUAGCAGAGCUGCAGCUCCACUUGGCCCUGUGCUGGAUCAUUCGCAAGUACCAAAUUACAGCAACUGACGACAAUCCGGUAGAAACUCUGCAUUCAGGAAUCCUGAUCCCCAGCCGGGAGCUGCCCAUCGCGUUCCACAGGCGCUAAGCCUGCAACCUGACAAGUGACAGUCCUACUGCUGCCCUUCCCGAAGAAAUUCACAGCCCAGGAAAGCCAAAACCUGUGGCAACCUGUGGAGAAACUGCAACACACGUCACUCAAACAAUUGCUAAGACAGAAACAGCACCAACAAAAGCUCCCCUGAUUGGAAUUCUCUUAUUGGAAAAUGUGGAUAGUUAGUUCAGCUGUACUCAGCAACGUUAAAAGGAAAGAAAAAUGCUAUGCACAUUCACAUAGCUAUGGGAAUGCACUGGUUUAGUGUAACAGAAGGGCCGUGCAUGACAGAGCUUCAUCAUAAGCUGUGGAGUGUCAUAUAGCUGUUGUUUGAGCAUAGGGAAACUAUGAUGGAUGCAAGCCCUGCCAGGGGAGCAGCAGUCACUGCUACACCGGUCCUGUUAGCUCAGGAAUUUGCUCUGCUUAGCAAACUUAACACCAGGGCUUAAAAAUUGGAUUACUGAAAUAAGUACUUAAAGUUAUUCAUGCCCGUAAUAGAAGGGGAAUAAGGAUGAAGCUAUAUAGUGGGUUUAUUCCUUGUGCCUGCACAGUGCUUCAGUUUGAACAUUUGCAGUACUGUGCCUGCAACGCAAUCUGCUUACACCACAGGGUUUCAUGCGUUCAACUCCCGUCACUCCCUCACAGCAAAAUAUUAGCUGCCUUUUUUAUAUGAGAGGCCUUAUUCAGUAAUGGAAUUGCUGGAAUCCUAUGGGUUCUGCCAUUAUUAGAUGAUGAUUAUCCUAACAGGAUAGUUCCUUCCGCAGAUUAGUGAUACAAAAUGCAUGUCUAAAGCAUCACAAGAAAUGAGGAACCUAACCAUUUCCAAGGGCUCUAUUUUUGUGGAGAUUACAAUACCUGUAUCUAUGGGUUAAAGGCAUCACUGCCCUGCAUGUGAUGCCGUAUAUCAGCUAUUGUGGUCACAAGUGUGCUUUUCCCAAGAUACAGUUUCAAGUGAAGGUUUUAAUGCCUACACCCAUGAGUGAUCAUUUUGAUUUUGUUAUAUUCUGACAUAAUGCAGUUCUUAGCGUUUGUUGUCUCCUAUGGCAUUUUGUUUGUUUUCCUCUGGUGUUAGUUCAAACAUUUGAAUGUGUCUAUAUGC